GCUUUUCCUCUGUAUUCGCUCAAAAUGCGCCAUAGGAUUUGUAGCUCAGGCCGGGUCCCCAAUAAUCUGUUUUGGGCCCUGGAACAUCGACAACAGAUUUUCCAGGGGGCCCUGAAACAUCGACAGCAGAUUUACCAGGGAACCUUCAAGAUCUCAAGAUCGUUCUCUACAUCAUCAUCUUCAGUAGAUUCAACUCCUACUCCCCCAUGGAGACUGACACCUAUAAAGAUGACCUCCAGCGAGGCAUUCACCGAAACCAUGGUGGCUAAUGGAGUUACUAAUAUUUUUGGAAUCGUCGGUUCAGCUUUUAUGGAUGCACUGGAUAUUUUCCCUGAAGCUGGAAUCCGUUUCAUUUCUGUUCAGCAUGAGCAGAACGCUGUUCACAUGGCGGAUGGUUUCUCCAGGGUGACCAACAGGCCUGGAGUUUGUAUAGCUCAGAAUGGACCAGGAAUUACCAACUUUGUCACUGGUGUUGCAGCAGCUUACUGGGCACACAGUCCUGUAGUCGUGAUCACUCCAGAAACCGGUUCUCUUGGCAAAGGGCUUGGUGGGUUCCAGGAGACAGACCAACUACCAAUAUUCUCUCCUAUCACCAAAUAUCAAGCACAUGUUUGCUCACCUAAAAGAAUGGCAGAAUUUACGAACAGAUGCUUCUACUAUGCUAUGCUUGAAAGAGGACCUGUUCAACUCAAUAUACCAAGAGAUAUGUUCUAUGGAGAUCUUGUAACAACUAUUCCAGAACCUAUAAAAGUUGAUAGGUCGGCUGGUGGUCCAACCUCUCUAGCAGAGGCUGCUGACCUCCUGCGGACAGCCAAGAAUCCUGUGAUUGUAUCUGGAGGUGGUGUUGUCAUGGGUGCUGGUGUUGCUGAGGUUGUAGAGCUAGCUGAACUACUUCAAGCUCCAGUGUGUUCAACAUACCUUCAUAAUGAUAGUUUUCCAGCUUCUCAUCCUCUUUGGGUUGGACCAUUAGGAUACCAGGGAUCCAAGGCGGCGAUGAAGAUUAUAUCCCAGGCGGAUGUUGUCCUAGCGCUAGGAACUAGACUUGGACCUUUCGGAUCCUUACCUCAGUAUGGAUUUGAUUACUGGCCUAAAUCUGCAAAAAUAAUCCAGGUUGACAUGAAUCCCAGGGUUCUGGGAUUAACAAAGCAUAUUGAUGUUGGUAUCCUGGGAGAUGCUAAACUAGCUGCUUCAACCCUCACUGCUCAACUCAAAUCUGAGUUACCAUCUUGUGUUGCCAACUCAGAAAAUAGGUUGAUUCAGAUAAGAGAGGAAAAGGAGAAAUGGGAGGAAGAACUGAAUCAUCUCUCUGUUACACCAAUAUCUGCUAAAGAAAUGGAACCUAGGACAGCUCUAAGGGAGCUGGAGAAGCAUAUGCCGGAGAAUGCGAUGGUUUCAACAGAUAUUGGAAAUAUCUGUUCUGUCUCUAACAGUUACCUCAGGUUUAAUAAGCCAAACAGUUUUUUUGCUGCGAUGAGUUUUGGUAAUUGUGGAUACUCAUUUCCAGCUGCUAUGGGAGCUAAGUUGGGUGCCCCUGAGCGUCCCUCUAUUGCUUAUGUUGGUGACGGAGCUUGGGGAAUGAGCUUGAACGAGAUGAUGACGUGUGUUAGAGAAAAUAUCCCGGUAAUUGCAGUCGUCUUCAAUAAUCAACAGUGGGGAGCGGAGAAGAAAAAUCAGGUUGAUUUUUACAACAAUCGUUUUGUUGGCACGAAUAUAGAAAAUCCCAGCUUUGCUGAGCUGAGCAGAGUGAUGGGAGCUGAAGGAAUAAAGGUUACUAAACCGGAGGAGAUUGGAUCGGCGUUGAAAUCUCUGGUGAGUUCCGGUCGUCCCGGCGUACUGGAGAUAAUGGUCUCAAAAACACUGGCAGAUCCAUUCAGACGAGAUGCUUUAUCUAAACCUAUUCGACACUUGGAUAAAUAUAAAAACUAUGUUUAAACGCUUCCCCCCCCCCACACCCUUAUUCUCGGUGUAAA